AUGCGGGAGGGGAGCAUGGGGCCUUCCGGGGAGGAGAGGCGUUUUGGGGAGGAGGGGGCGUUCCGGGGAGCAGGGGGCAUCCCAGGGAGGCGGGGCGCUCUGGGGAGCAGGGCAUCCCCUUCCUGGCCCCUGCCGUCAGCUCCUGCUCGGGAACCCGGCAGACACGCCAGGCACUGUGGAGGCGGCCGCAGCCUGGCCAGCACGCCCGGAGCUCAGACCAGACAGCUCUCGCCGGGGAAUACUAAUCAGCGGCGCUACAUCAAAGGCCUGCUGGUGCAACUCCGCAGGGGCAAGCAUCUCACGGCGUGUAAAAGGCAAGAGAAACCGUCCUUCCGUCUUGGUCUGGAGGAUGGUAGGGCUCGCCCCCGACCCCGAGCCUCUGAAGGAAGCAGGGACCCCCUCCGCUCGUCUUCCACAGCGCCCCCAGCCCCCCGCGGGUCAGGGAGACGAUGGGCCCAGCCUGAGGGCGCUCGCUCAGCGGACGCAGGACCCGAGUUCUGCUGCCCACACAGCAGACCCCGCAGGGGCGCGGGCCGAGCGCGGGACCCAGGCCGCCCGCCUGCCCCGGCCCUGGGGCCCGCGCCCGUGAGCCCCGGGCAGGGCUCCCCGCCCCCCUGCACUUGUCUCCCGGGGCAGGGCCCCCAGCCCAGCCCGGCGGCCGCAGACGCCUGUCCCGGCUUCUGGGAAGCCCUGGGCGUCCGUCCUGGGUGUGGAGGUCGGCGGGAGGCGGCCGUGGGACUAGCGCCGGCACACGCCGGCGGACGCGCGCCCAGGGUGCCGGACCCCGCGGGGCAGACGGCGGCUUCCGUCAACGCGGCCUCUGUGCCGGGCGGCGGCGAUGUUUGUCCGCCACGGAGAGCGCGCGUCCGCCCGACGCUCCGCGGCCACUAG